AGGGGCCCAGGUAGCAAUAUCCUAGGAACGGGCUAAGGAACCUGGAAGGCCCCAAGGGGCCCUAACCAACUUUUAAUUGUUUCUACACAUGGCGACCUGGGCAACCUACAGAAAUAGCAACCAGCAACAUUGAACCGAACUUAUUACACCAACACCUGGGCAAGUACCCAAAACCUGUACUUGACAUUUCAUGAAGUAUGCGUAUCCUCUCAAUGGGCUUCUAUUGAUCGAUCGAUUGCCGAUUGAUAUAUCCAAUCCAACCUAAUCCGAUUCAGCGUUUAGAUAGCCAACAACAAACCCGUCUUGUAGGGAGGUUUUAGUACUUGGUUCCAGCGGUGCUGACUUGAUCAGUCGGUUUCAACGUUCUAGAUCUGACAGCUUCGGCGACAAGAACCCGUCCAAGAAAAAAAAAAGAAUAUUCUGUCGCCUUUCGCUCUCGUUCCCGUCCCCUUGGACAAAUCCAACGCCAUCUACUAAUCCCUCGACUUCCUUCUUUCCCCUCUUCGCGAUCGUCUUCAGAACAAUGGGCCUUCACCAUUGCAAUUCUUGACGUGAUGACCAUCGGCUGUUUCUGCUAUAUGUCCUAUCGCAAGUUGGAUUCCUAGCUUGUCAUAUUCCUAGACGGACACCACCCAUCGCCUAUCACAAUGCCGUUCCUACGCCGUCGCGGCGUUAAUGCCAGCGAUACCGACAUGAGAAGGCAUACGAUUCUAGUCGAUCCAGCGCCUGUGACCCCUAAGCCGCUUUCGCGUAGGCCUCAGCCAGAAGUCUUGCCCAACCCCGACGCUACCGUGAAGAACGGAGAAGAAACAACGAAUGGCGCUUCGGACGAGAAUAGAGACGGUAACAAGUCCUCCGUUGAUACAUUCGCCACAUCUUCGUCAACCUCCAUGUUCCCAUCCAGAGACAGCGAAGAUCCGUAUAGCCGUCCGGAAUCUCCUCCUAUUCAAGACGAAUCGCCGAAACAUCGCAGGUUCAGCAUGCUAAGAUUCCGCAAUGCUUCUGAUUCUCAAUUGUCGGCUCGAUUAAAACAGCAGCAGCAAGCUGAAAAGCUGCCACCUAUGCCACAGCCCCCUUCCAUCAUCACGACUGCGCCCACCAUGGAUAUAGGUACACAGGCUAAGAAACAACCUCGCAUGAAAAUCCCCUUACGUAUGCGCCGGUCCAGCGACCUUCCUAGAGGCGAUCAAGAGCUACCGUUAAGGCUCAUAAAUUCUAUAACGCCUAAGAAGGAUAAGAAAAGGCCAAUGAACGAGCGAACGAUAUCGUCUUCGAGCAAGCAGACGGUGACUUUUGAAGAGCCCUCUAAACCUGGGACACUGGAUAAAACGUACACCAACAGUGAUGACCAGAACAGCGCAUUGGCUCCUCCGGUUGAACGUUUAUCUGAAUCGUCUAGAUCCGACAGUAGCUUGAACGAACACGCCAUUCUCACACAACAAGCUGGAUUGAACCCGACGUCCUUCUUCCGCCUUCGCCGCAAACAAAAACAACCUGAACCACUCUUUCCAUUAUCCCAUCUCCCCCAGAGAUCUAAGACGCCCGCACUACCUGGGACAGCUUCUUCUGCCUCGCGCACAUCAACUUCUUCUCGCCCUUCUAAUGCCACUGAUCUUUCCCGCCCGUCUACCGGACACGAUGGUUCAACGCCAUUGGCUUCUCCUUCCCACCAUGCAGGAUACCCUGGGAGGCCAUCAGGAUCGCCCGCCACGGCGUUAUUCAGACCUACGUCUAGGAACUCGGGGCAGUCUUCCCCAACAAGAGUACAUCUGACUCUGAGGGGUAGAUCUUCCACAAUGAGCUCCCUUGGUGAGAGCUUUAUCGACGAUCGCCAAAACCCAGGGACCACUCGAACUUCGUCCUCUACCGGUCGUAAAAGUUUCGGCGACCUUUUAGGACUCAGCCGCAUGCGACAAAAUCCUGAUAGCUUGCGACAUGGGAGUUUAACGCCGGCGACGCCGGGCUCUAAUACUUCGAAGAAUAACUCACUGCAGAUAAAUAGGGAACCUAUCAUUCUGCCGGAGCGCCGGGAAGACGAUACCCCGGCGAAAUAUCUAGCGCGUAUAGAGGAGGUGCUCAGUCGGGGUGUUAUCGCCAGUGCUCUAUCUAAAGAAAACGACCCAUUCUCUGCAGCGGUGUUGCGGAGUUAUAUGCGUACUUUCAGUUUCUUUGAAGAACCUAUGGAUAUGGCCAUUCGCAAACUCCUGAUGGAGGCAGAACUCCCUAAGGAGACGCAGCAGAUCGACCGUUGCUUGCAGGCCUUCGCAAAUCGAUACCACGAAUGUAAUCCUGGGAUCUACUCUACCCCCGACCAAGCUUACUUUAUAGCAUUUUCACUUCUUAUAUUACACACGGAUGUUUUCAACAAAAACAACAAGUACAAGAUGCAAAAGGCCGAUUAUCUGAAGAACACUCACGGAGAGGGCAUUUUUGAUGAUAUACUCGAAUGCUUUUAUGACAAUAUUAGCUACACGCCGUUUAUUCAUGUUGAAGAUGAUCUUGCUCUGAGCGGAGACCGACCGGGUAGUUUGAGGUCGAAGAAGAAAAUCACAUUUCCAAACACCACGACAGAGACGCUGCGAAGGUCGAAAGAUCCGAUUGAUCCCUAUACACUAAUUUUGGAUGGGCGACUAGAUACGCUCAGGCCACCCUUGAAGGACCAGAUUCCCCUAGAGGAACAUUAUAGUUAUCUGGGUACUGCUGAUGAUCUAAACUUGAAAGAGCUGCAAAACACGUUUUUCAAGACGGGGGUCCUUCAGAUCGUAUCCGCACGAUCCCGCCCAGACGCUUUCAUGACAGAGAAGACGGCAAACAACCCGCAAGAAGCCCAUCCCGGCAUCGUGGAUAUCAAAGUGACCAAAGUCGGCCUGCUAUGGCGUAAAGACCCCAAGAAAAAGAAGACGCGAUCGCCCUGGCAAGAAUGGGGAGCAAUUCUAACGGGCGCCCAAUUAUACUUCUUUCGCAAUACAGCCUGGGUCAAGAAUUUGAUACAUCAGUACGAAACACACAUCAAGUCAGGGCAUGAUGGUAUUCCACUAAUCUUCAACCCACCUAUUGAACAAUUCAAGCCCGACGCUCUAAUGUCAACCCAUGGCGCAGUUGCCCUAUGGGAUAACAGUUACAAAAAGCACAAGAACUCCUUCGUAUACGUCAGACAUGGUGGGCUAGAAGAAGUGCUACUUGCUCAGACCGAGGAGGAUAGAAAUGACUGGCUUGCUAAACUGAACUACGCUGCCGCGUUCAGGACGUCCGGCGUCCGGAUGCGAGGAGUCGUAGGCGGCAACUACGAAGGCCAGAGUCGACGUGCCAUUAGAAGGUUAGACAGUACCGAUGCAACCCAGCUGAUUCAAACUCCUAGCGGGGAAGUCAGCAUCAACCGGAGUCGUAUCGACCAUCAGAUGGCUCGAGAUAUCCUCGUCGCUCGCCGUGAAAUAAUACGUAACAAGAUUGACGAAGCCGACGAGAAACUUCAACAUGCACAGAAACUCCUCGAGACGCAGUUAAGAAAUGCCAGGCACCUAUUAAUCUUGGCCCCAAUACAGGACAAAACCAGGGACCAGGUCCGGGGAGGUGCCGCUAAGAUCAUCGCCCAGCUAAAGUGGUCUCGAACCGAAAUCUGGAGACUGAAGUGCCACCGCGACAUUCUAGCUUUAGAUCUAGAGGAGGAAAAGGAUGUCAAUGGUGAAUUGGAGGAAGAUGGGAUUGAAGCCAAUUCGUCUGCCGAGAGGCCAUUUUCUGCAGGCAAAGGCUCUCGAGCCAGUUCUCAAAAAGUUCAACAACAGAGCCCACGAUCUCCAGCGCCGCUUUCGCUAGUUCAGUCAUCCGCGUCAAUAAAGCAGAUGGAUGGAGACUCGCCGGAAAUAGAAGACUUUCAAACGCCGCCAACCAGUGCCGCUGACCCGCUGUUCCACAAUGGUCAACCUUCGCGCGACGCGGCCCCCAUCAGUUGCGACCACCUUGGUAUCAGGAAAACAUCGGUCUCGAGCGCUGCUUCUUCGUCAAAGCCAGUUGUAAUGUCCACGCCGCCCCGAAAAGCAUCAAGCCCAGUCAUUGGACAGGACAAUGAUGCCAUUGACGAGCAAAGUGAAGACGAUGAGGGCGAGCGUCAAGUCCUCGAGCAGGCCGGUCUCCUUGAGAUGGAGUCUGUUCGCUCCUCUAGCCACAAGCGUAGUCCUUCCGGCAAGGCUCAUGACGAUAGUCCCGAUCGGCCUAAGCGUACAAGCGUUCCCGCGUCAGACAAGGACGGGCUUGAUCGAAGCAAAAUGCGCCGCAGCCUCCAACGAACACUUAGAGAUGGCGCGGGUCACUUAUCACACCACCGUAGCAGAAAAGGCAAAGACUCCGCAUCGAGUGGCGGCAUGUCGGACGAAACUGUUCGGGAAAGUGAGGUACUUACUCGCGGCACUGGAAGCUUCACCGUACAUGGUAAGAAGGCAUCCGUUAUCAAUUUUGGCAGCGAACUGCAGAGCAUGUCGACCGACGAACGUCUAAGGCAACGCAAACAAUCAUAUCAGAGUGACGAACAUGGCCUAGCGUCACCGGCCAGCAUUGAUGAUUUCCACUCUCUCCUUGGGGAUGCGCAGGAGCGGGCCGAUCGACGGGGGUCGGGUGCCAGCGCAAGCACGGCGACGGCUCGGUCCUUCCGUGACCUACACCGGAAAUAUUCGUCAUCUAGGGCUCACCGCCUCGCCUCGGGAGGCUUAGCAGUCCCUUCGGAUGAAGAUAGCGACGCAGCCGUCAGCUUCUCGGAUGGUCGGAGGUCGCCCUUACCACCUUUGGAUGAUGAAGACGAAACCCCGGGUAUGGACCCACCGACACAAGCCCGGUUCUAUACCCCGGAACCCCCUGGCUCCCCUGUCCAACAGAAAGCACCAGAAGCAGGAGAGGGGGGUGACGAGGAUGCUUCUCAGGAGAUUGAGCGGCUGCCCAGCCCCGUGAUUCAGACAGUCAGCGCGUAGUAUUUGCAGCUGGUCACUGACCAGGACAAUGUAGCAAUUGGUUCGGUUGUGAGGGAAAGGAUUUGUAGCCACCAUUGCGUAGGAGUUAUCAGAGGUCGGAUCAGUAGGCAAACUGGGGAAGCACCCGGAUUACAAGCACUCAAAAGAGAUGGCACAACAUAACAUAAUAUGUACUGGUAGAGAAGGGCGUCAAUGCUCAAAGAGGAAAAAGAUGCUUCAGAACAGCCUUGCUAGCGUUAGGUGCUUCUUCAGGAAGUCCUUAGAAGGAGGGGGAGUCUAAGCACCGUGUCGUGGUAAUGCUGUAUAUACGUGGGGAAUUUUUAACAGCACUC